AUGCUUCUUCAUGAUUCUAUUGAGAAGGUUGAGUACGAUGAAAAGAAGCUUAAAGAAUACGAGAGGAACGAUUUUUUACACUACCUUAAAGUUAUUUCCUUCAACUUGGUGAAAAAUAUUGAGUUCAGAAAUUUAUACUUCAAAAACAACACACAUUUAGAAAUAAUACAGAGAAUCAGCCAAACUAUUACAAGGCGUAGCUGCAGAUUGGCAAAAAAUGAGCUGCUUUUUGAAAUAGAUUCUAUUGACAGUUCCGAAGCGCUUGACACAGUUACAAACGCAAAGCCAUUUCACGACAAAUUUGUACAGUAUAUGAGGUCACUGAGAUUUAUUCUGAGCUAUGUCGAUGAUGUGAAUCACUACAAGCCCAUGCUGCUGAAUUUUUUGGAGGCCGAUCUUGAGAACGAAUGCAAAACUGAAGUUUUGAAGCUGAUUUAUAGCCGAAUUGGUGAAUUUGAUCUGAGCUUUGAGUUCUUCUAUCAAAUGUUGUUAAACUUGGAAAGAAUCGAUAACUCGAUGUUCAGUAGCUAUAGAACAUCUAACGUGCAUGUUUAUUGUAUCAAAAUCAUGAUAUGCCUACUCAACGAAAGUACCAGCGUAGACUUCGGGCGGCUAAUGGCCGUAGCAGAAUACUUCACUGCUCAUAUGAAUGUGGAACUAUUAAAGUUGUACAGCAAGUGGUACUUCACCCAAAAAAUACCGAAAAGAAAAAGUGAACAGCUAAUUUGUUACCAGGAUGUGCGUGAUAGAAACUACAACUGCCUGAAAGUCCAGGGUAACAGUGACAAACGCACGAUUACGGAGCACGAAAUCCGGCUGUUAACGCUGGUAAGGAAAUGUAUUACAAUAGAAAAAAAGUAUGCAUUCCAUGUUCUUACCCAACUAUCUAUUGAUAAUCCUGAUGUGCAGAACUAUAUUAGUCGAUGCAAACUACUCAAAAUGGUUUCCUUCGAUCUCAAGCCACACUCCUUGUUUUGUGCAUACGAGCUGAGCACAUUUUCAACAAGGAAUCGUGAGUUAUUCCAAAAGCAUCUUUCAAAAAGUGUUGUGAAGCUAAUACUGCAUAAAAUUGAACACUUUGUUUUUGAUAAUGAGCUUCUCGGCGCUUUCAAGUUGUUCAAGCUGUUCUCACAGAAAAUAAAGUUUCUGCAGACUGAAACACAAAAUUGCCCUAUUUUGGAAGUAUGCUUACUGUCUUUAGAGCGCGAUCACAAAAGUGAAGAUAUAAAUCGGGAAGUUCUGUGUAUAUUGAGCAAUAUCCUGCUUAAUUACAACAAUUAUCGAAAAAUAUUUAUUGAUAAUGAUGGAUUUAAAAUAGUUAAGAAAAAAUUGUUCAUGUACGAUGGAGAGGUUCUCUCGCUAUGUAGAAACUUUCUUUAUAGCUCGACAUUCCAGGAAAAGGAAGCAUUCGUUAGAGAAAUUCCCGCUGAAUAUGUCAACGCGAUGUUCAAAAGACAGAAUUUAGACAAUUUGAACAAAACUUUUAACAUUUUACGGAAUCUGUUUUGCUGUAACGAAAAUGAGUUGGUAAAACUACUGAAGUAUUUUGAAAUACAAGAUUUUCCAUCAAAACUGGUAUAUAUAUUGAUGCAGCACUAUGAUUUCUUUGUAAAUGGCGGGUCUCUGUACAAAGAAACCAUCUUAAACAUAAUUUAUACGCUGGUAAACUUGUGUAUACUGCCGAAUAAAGAAAAAUAUUGCAUAUUAGAUCUUGACUUUGGUGAGGCAAUCAAUAUGAAUGACCGUGACAUUAAUUUGGCAUUGAUUUGGCUGUUUAUAAACAUCACUUGGAAUGUUACCGAGGAAGAGAUGGUCAAAAAAGUGAGAGAAAGAAAUGUAGUGAUGUGGAUGGACAUGAUAGAGGGUACUGACGAGGUCUUGUGCGAGAAAAAGGGAACUUUGUUAGAUAACCUGGCAAAGUUGAGAUCCUUUAAGUAAACUAGUC